AUGGGAGUCGGCGGAGUUGUCUUGCGCUUUUUCAGCCUCGCCAUCCGCGUGCUGCAGUUCCUCGAUUCGGCCGUCAUCCUUGGCAUCUUUUCCUACUACCUCGCCGUCCUCGCCCGCCAUGAUCUCGCUAUCCCAACCUAUAUCAAGGCCGUCGAGGGUCUAGCCGGUGCCGCCACCCUCUACGGCAUCCUGGGGACCCUUUUCGUCUGCUGUCUCGGCGGAGUCGCUUUCUUCGCUUUCCUCGGUGUCGUGCUCGAUGUCUGCUUCACCGGCGCGAUGAUCGCCAUCGCCAUCAUGACCCGCCGCGGAACCCAGACGUGCAAAGGGACUGUGGAUACCCCGCUGGGCAAGGGCAAUGCCGAUAAUAACGCCGAUACCCCAGCCGGCACAAGCUUCAAGAUGGCCUGCGAGCUGGAGAAGGUUGUCUUUGCAGUCUCGAUUAUCGGAAUCUUCUUCUUCCUCAUCUCCAUUCUCUUCCAGGUGCUGCUCGCCCGCCACCACAAACGCGAGAAGCGUUUCGGCCCCUCCCCCGCCAACAACUACACUUCCGGCACCAGCCGCAAGUGGUGGGGCCGCAAGAAGAACAACCCCGUGGCCAGUGGCGGAGUCGAUGCUCUUCCCGGACACCCCACCCCCGGUGAGGUCGAGAUGGGCACUGAGAAGCAACCCCAGAAGAACUGGUUCGGCUCAUGGGGUGGGAAGAAGGACACCAACGUCAACAGUACGCCUGCCACGGGGGUACAGAAUGGCUAUGGCUACGGUAGCUCUGCCUACACCGGUAACUACUAA